UGCCGUCGCUCCGACACCGUGGGACCCGUCCUCGAUCCGGAGCCAGGAAUUAAUCAACCGGACCGGCGCGCCGAAGUUUCGAGUGCCUACUUCUGAUUAACGCCCGAGCGUGUCUUUAUGCAGUGGGAUCGGCAAGUUCUCCGUGGUAGUCUUCUGUUUCGGAGUCGGCUAUCGAUACUGGUUGUUUCUGAUUAAUGUCGUGUUCCUCUGAAAGAGACUGUUGACGAUAGAAGGUCUUCAAGAUAUACGUCUUUGACUCGAAACCGGGAAUUAAUCAAACGAACUCGUGAUUAAAUGGACCCAACGGACAGUUAUCAACAGAACCACGAGUCUUCAAGAUAGACUCUCAAUUCGGAGUUCGGAAUUAAUAAGAUUUGAACUCGUAUAUUGCGAACGCGUGUCUUAUUAGUGUCGGAAUGUGACUUCCAAGUAGUGUAAACUGUGUCGUGUUGAAAUAAUCCAGUGUAACUUUAUCGUGUAACAUUUAUUAGAGUGCGUGCCACUUAAUGUUUAGAAGGAGAUUACAUUGAGUGUAAAAAGACGAUAGAAAUCCAAAACACCCGCUUGCCCGAUUCGCGUCUUCGAAGAUCGAGAUCAAUGCGCAAUUCCAAGACAGAAUGAACGUUAUGGGAUUCAAAAUGGUCAGUUAUUCAGUGAUCAGUUUCGUGGUCCUCUGGGCCAGUUUGUCGUCGGCCAGUCUCUCGACCGGCGAGCUGCUGGAGUGUCGGGCAAACUUGACGGCGACGAUCAGGAACGACACGAUGUUCCUGCAGAAGGUGCGCCAGUCGGACUACAUUUUCACGGGGAAGGUUAAGGAGCUACGGCACGGGCAACUGCUGCACGUGCGCGUCAAGAGGGCGAUCAAGGGUGCGCUGAACGUCACCGUCGAUCUCGUCGUGAACGACACCUGCGGUCGUUACAUUAGGCGCGGCUACACCGGCAUCUUCAUGGCGCGUCGCGGUGCCGGCGACGUGGGCAAGAUCGUGAUGCACUUUGGCCCGGUACCGCUUACGCUCGCCAACCUCGACAGGCUGAACGCCGCCGUCAGAGGUGUAGUAAUAUUCAGCCACUAA